CCCACCCGUAGAAUAAUACAAUGUAUUGUCUGUGGGGAUGCUUCAUUUCGUCGGUUGAUAUCCUACCGUUACACCUUACUUUAGAGUAUUUCCUUCUUCGUUAACGUCGCCUUAAAUGAAAAGAGCGAUUUGAUCCUCUCCUUGUUUGUGUCUUUGGAAGCGAAAUGGACAAGAAGAAAGAGGUGAUCCGAUUGGAGCGGGAAUCUGUUAUUCCAGUCCUCAAACCCAGGCUCAUCAUGGCCCUCGCUGACCUUAUAGAACAUAGUUCUGACCGGGCUGAAUUUCUGAAGCUUUGCAAGAGAGUUGAGUACACAAUUCAUGCUUGGUAUCUUCUACAAUUUGAGGAUCUCAUGCAAUUAUAUUCCUUGUUUGAUCCUGUGAACGGGGCUCAAAAAUUGGAGCAGCAGAAGUUAUCUCCAGAUGAGAUUGACGUUCUUGAACAGAAUUUUUUGACAUAUUUGUUUCAGAUUAUGGACAAAAGUAACUUUAAAAUAGCGAGUGAUGAAGAGAUUGAUGUUGCACAUUCCGGGCAAUAUCUUCUAAAUCUUCCAAUCAGUGUUGAUGAAUCUAAGCUUGACAAAAAGCUUUUAAAGAAGUAUUUUGCAGAGCAUCCUCAUGAGAGCCUUCCAGAGUUCGCUGACAAGUACGUAAUCUUUCGUCGUGGUAUUGGAAUUGAUAAGACUACGGAUUACUUUUUCUUGGAAAAAGUGGAUAUGAUUAUUGCACGCAUUUGGGGAUGGAUUUUGAGAAAAACAAGACUGUUUUCGAGGAGAUCAAGUUCACGGCGCCAGAAGGAUCCAAAAAAGGAUGAUGGGAUCAACAGUGAAGCAGAAGAUCAGGACUUAUAUGUUGAACGUAUCCGCAUUGAAAAUAUGGAACUCAGUUUACGUAGUCUGCUGAGCAAGAUAACAAUACAAGAGCCUACUUUUGACAGGAUAAUUGUCAUCUACAGGAGAGCUGGUACCUCAGCAAAAUCGGACCGAGGAAUUUAUGUGAAGCAUUUCAGACACAUUCCAAUGGCUGACCUGGAAAUUGUCCUUCCAGAGAAAAAGAACCCCAGUUUAACUCCAAUGGAUUGGGUCAAAUUCCUUGUGUCUGCUAUAGUUGGUUUGGUUGCUGUUGUGAGUUCUCUUGAAUUGCCUAAAGCUGAUAUAUGGGUCAUGUUUGCAAUCCUCUCCACAGUGAUAGGCUAUUGUGCAAAGACAUACUUCACGUUUCAACAAAAUAUGGCUACAUAUCAAAACUUGAUUACACAGUCUAUGUAUGAUAAACAGCUAGAUAGUGGAAGGGGUACUCUUCUACAUUUAUGUGAUGAUGUUAUUCAGCAAGAAGUAAAGGAAGUUAUUAUAUCAUUUUUCAUUUUGAUGGAACAGGGUAAAGCUACUUUGGAGGAUCUUGAUCUGCGCUGCGAGGAGUUGCUAAAAGAAGAGUUUGGUGUAAGCUGUAAUUUUGAUGUAGACGAUGCUGUUCAGAAACUAGAUAAAUUAGGCAUUGUUGCUCGGGAUACAGUUGGACGGUAUUAUUGUGUUGGUCUCAAGCGUGCAAAUGAGAUAAUUGGGACUACUACGGAAGAGCUUGUUCUCAAAGCAAAACAGGGUGUCAUUUCUUCAUGAUGUUAUAUCCAGAUGAUUAGCUUCUUCAUAUCUUUUUUUCUCCUCUUUUUGGCUUGUAAGAAAAAAAUUGAAUGUUUGCAUGCGUAUUUUAUUCAUUACAAAUCUUAGAUGCUGCUACAGUUUCUUGGGCUAUCAAUGUCAUAUUCACUGUUGAAAGAGUGCAGUGAAUGCGGAAGCUCAUGGAUGCCUGAACUCUAAGCCUAGAAGUAGUCCUUAUUGUGUUUUUAUAAAUGGAAAAUGUUGGUAGGGGAAGUGAGCAUUAAAGGUGAUCCUAAAACACUGAUGUUUGGCUCCAACUUUUAUAAGCACAAAUUCUGUUUCCAUA